AGGGACAUCCCUAGCCAAUGCCAAAUUGCCAACUAACCACUAACUUGUGAUGAAUAUUUUAUUAGAAAUGUAUAUUUGAAUACGGUUCAAUGAUUAGUAUCGGGCAAAAUUUGUACUUCGUCGUACAUUGCAAAUGCAGAAAUAAUGGCUCGUUAUUAUUUUCAGUGAAAAGGUUUUAUAAAUGAGUCAUAGAUGAUGAACAGUUUGAACUCCUUGUAAAGUUGCUAAAAAGUUUUGAAAAAUGUCUGAACGAAGAGGCACUAAAGCUCUGGAGUUGUGGUGUAAGCGGCUAGUUAAAGAUUGCCCUGAAGUGCAUAUAGAUAAUAUGACAACAUCCUGGAGAAAUGGCAUAGCAUUUUGUGCAUUGGUUCAUCAUUUUAGACCUGAUUUAAUUGAUAUGUCCAAGUUGAAUCCUGAAAAUAUAUAUGAAAAUAAUAAACUGGCUUAUAGUGUUGCUGAAAAGCACUUAGGUAUUCCUGCUCUAUUAGACCCUGAGGACAUGGUAGAAAACGAUGUGCCAGAUAGGUUGUCAAUAUUAACUUAUUUGUCCCAGUUUUAUCAGCGACUAGGACACACAGUGAAUACAAAAGUAUCUGAAAGUGAGGCCAAGGUAUCACCUCAAACAGCCAGCACGGAAUCCGCAGCACCAAUAAGGUUUGGCAAGACUGGUCUAGACAAAUGUGCAGCAUGUGGCCUGCCUGUGUACCUUGCUCAGCGUCUACUCGUAUCUCACAAACUGUACCACAGAAGAUGUUUCCGUUGUUCUAAGUGCUCUGGACAUCUAAACCCUAAGAAUUUCGAGAUAGUCGAAGGAUCUGAAUUUACCUGUGAUAGUUGUAAAAAUGAAAAGACUUUAUCAAAAUAUCUUAAUAAUAAUGAUCAUGAUCAAAUGGGAAUGCUGGCAUUCACUGACACCGUGAAUGAGACCAAAUCAGUCUCAAAUGAGGAGUCAGUUAUUCCUAAAAACAAACCAAGACCACAGUCUAUUUUGGACAAAAUUAACAUGUUCGAAAAAAAUAUAGAAAAAGAUACUAAUAUUGAAUACAAAAUCUCAAAUAUUUCUUUAAAAGACAAUAGUAUUAGUAAAUCUGAAGAACUUAGCACUACUAGUAGAUCUCACUGUGAAACAGACACGCAACCGGAAUUGAUAAGCACGACUACUAAAAUGGAAGAUGACAUGACGAUAUUAAGCAAUAAUAUGCCAGAGAAAGUGUAUAAAAGUAACAUGGACAAGUUUAAUUUUCUACAAACACAACUAGCGGAAGACGUUAGAAAUGAUGAUAAUACUAUAGAAACUGUAGAUGUAAUCAAAACAAGUAACAAAGACAAAGACUGCGUUAAUACAAUUGACCAUAAUACAAUUAGUGUAGAGGACAUUAACGAUGCAAGCAGUACUGUACAUACAGAGACCAGCAAUGUAACAGAUGAUAACAGAAUAGCCAACAGCUCAUCCACAGCUGUGGACCAACCACCUCCAAUACCACAACAACCCCCAGAAACGCAACCAGACCAAGAAAUAAGUAUAAGUGUUCCUCCAAGAAGAAAGAAACAGAAUGCUUUAGAGAAAGCUUUAGCCUCUGCUAUGAAAAAGGAACAAGAAUCUAAGUUGGAGAGCAAGGAGUAUCCUGACCAUCUGAAUCCCUUCUCGGAUGAUGAUGAAGAAGAGGAAGUUGCCCCUUCAACUAAAAAAGUCAGUACAAAUCCUUUUGGUAGCAGCGACGAAGAAGACGAUGAUGUGCCACCCAUUCCACAAGCUCCUAAACCUGAGAUAGGUACACCAGUAAAGAGACUUAUUGCAGUCAAUCCAUUUUGGUCCGAUGGAGAAGAACCUUCGUCAGAUGAAGAGGACACACACAGUAAGAGUUCAAUGUAUAGAUCUUCAAUGGCAACAAGCACUCCGAAUCUCCCUGGAAGUACGCCCCGGCGGAAGAAGGGCAAGGCGCCGCCGCCGCCCCCAGCGAUCUCCAUCACGGAAGCGCCGCGACUACACAACCCGGCGCUUACCAACUCCAUGGACGAUGUCGCAAGCAUAUCCUCUUUGAGCUCAUACAACUCCACCAUAAACUCUGACCAAAAAUCGAUUGGUAAGUCUACGCCAAUUCUAAAGAAGAGGCGGCCUGCACCGACUCCACCGGACAGUUUGUCAACAUUGUCAGGAGGAUGCGGUUCUUUAGAGAAAGGCAUCAACAAUUCUGGCACGAGGAGCAUCAAUUCCGAAGGUGGACGAAAGACUAAGGGUCCUGCACCAGGGUUACCACUGCCAGAACGCCGAGAAGUGAAGCUACAAAUGUCGCCGGAAGAAUUACAAGUACAAUUAGAUCUAUUGGAGACACAGCAACUUGGCCUCGAGCGGCAGGGCGUGCUCAUAGAACGGAUGAUACGCGACAAGUGUGAGGGUGACGAAGCUGAAACGGUGCCACAAGAGGAAGUCGAAGAUUUAGUCAUUCAACUGUGUGAACUAGUCAAUGAGAAAAACGACUUGUUCAGAAAGCAAACUGAAUUGAUGUACAUACGACGACAACAACGGUUGGAACAAGAGCAAGCUGACAUUGAACAUGAAAUACGGGUCAUUCAAUCACGACCGGCCGUUAACCGCAUUGAUGCGGAUAAGGCCCGAGAAGAAAAAUUGGUUUUACGCCUUGUGGAAAUAGUUCGCAUGCGUGACGAAUUAGUUCAGCAAAUUGACGCAGAACGUCGUCGCGAACGUCAAGAAGAUUUAGCUAUUGCGGCUUCCAUUGCCAAUAAGAGAGCCCAAAGAAAUAGUGAAUCAAACAGUUCAUCUAUGAAAUCAGUUGAAGUAAUACCAACUCCAAAAAAAAGUAAGGUAAAGGACAAAGUUAAAAAACAACUGAAGAAAGCAAAACAUACAUUAAUUUCUAAAAAGAAAGAAGAUUCAAGUGAUCACAAGGAAGCGAAAGAAAAAGAUAAAGAGAAAAGAGUAAAAUGAUAGUAUUGAUGAGUUCUGGACACAUUAAUUUUAUUAUAAUUUUCAUCCAAAUUAAAUCAUUUUUGGCAUGAAUAAGUUAUGUUUCGUUAUAAGCAUGUAGCACGUACUUAUACGUAAGACUGAAACAUUCCACUAAUUAUAUUAUACAUUUUAUUUAUACACAUUAAAACAUUUGAAAAGUUAUUUAUAUCCAACUCAAAGUUGAUUUACAAGAACAAGUUAUCAUUUCAAAAAUUGAAAUGUGGAAAUUACGUGCCAGAAUUUAGAUGUGUAGAAAGUUAUCUUAAGAAUUGAUCUGUUGACUAUCUUUAGUUGUGCCAGCUAUGUAAGUACUGGAAUAUGCAUAAUGAUAGGAAAUAUAAUUAUUAGUAGUCAAUUAGCAACUGCACAGUGCAUAAAGGAUGACAAAAUGCACCAAAAUUAUUUUAAGUUAUAUUCGAAUUGAUCGCAUAAUUACUAACAAGUGCCUAAAUUAUUUGUAUUAUUAGAAAUGCUUUAAGUAUUAAAAUUAAUAAAAACAUUUUA